AGCUCUCUUUCGCCAUUGCUGCUCCAUCAUUCCAUUCGUAAAAAUCCAAACUUUUUGUUCAAAUCGAGCCAAAAGACUAGUGUUUUUGUAUCUUAGAUUGAAAGAGAGCAUGAGGUACCAAUGGAGGUUGCUACUUUUUCGGAGCUACCGUUCGUCUCCUCGUUCAUUUCUUUCUCAUCACUCCCAGUUCCAGGUAAUCUCCAAUACGACUCGAUCUUUCUCGUCUUUCCUCCAUGAACGUUUUGGAGUUGGAGCUUUGCAACAAAGACAGUGUCUUUUUGCCUUGCGAUCGCCAUUGGCUAGCUCUGUUAGCCGAAGCUUUUCGUCUGAGUCUGCGAUUGAAGAGAAACCUCCUGUUGAGGCUGUUGUGAUUGAUGUUUUUAGUAGAUUGACUGGUAAGGAUGAGAUUAGGAGAGAGCUGGAUUCGAAUAAUAUUGUGAUUAGCCAUGAAUUAGCAUUGAGAGUUCUGAGAGAACUUGAAUCAAGCCCUGAUGUUGCGGGAAGGUUUUUUCAGUGGGUUCUGGAGGCUUAUCCUCGGAAACUAUCCUCCAAGAGUUAUAACACGAUGCUGCGUAUUUUUGGUGUUAAUGGACUUGUUGAUGAAUUUUGGGAAUUGGUUGAUGCUAUGAAGAAGAAAGGGCAUGGUGUUUCAGCUAAUGUUAGGGACAGAGUCGGUGAGAAAUUUCAGAAAGAUGGACUGGAAAGUGAUUUGGAGAAGCUUAAAGAGAUUUUUGCUUCAGGUUCUAUGGAUAAUUCGGUGGAUAAGGUUUGCAAUAGGGUGUGUAAGAUUGUGAUGAAGGAAGUGUGGAGUGCUGAUGUGGAGAAACAGCUAAGGGAUUUGAAGCUCGAGUUUAAAAGUGAUCUGGUGAAGAUGGUAUUGGAAAAACUUGACGUGGAUCCGAGGAAAGCUUUAUUGUUCUUUAGGUGGAUUGAUGAGUCUGGCAGCUUUAAGCAUGAUGAGAAGACGUAUAAUGCUAUGGCCAGGGUUUUAGGGAAAGAGAAGUUUCUUGAUAGGUUUCAGCACAUUAUAGAAGAAAUUAGGAGUGCUGGUUACGAGAUGGAAAUGGAGACUUAUGUUAGGGUUUCAGCAAGGUUCUGUCAGACUAAAAUGAUUAAAGAAGCUGUCGAAUUGUUCGAGUUUGCAAUGGCGGGUAGCAACACACCCACCCCACACUGCUGCAGUUUACUGCUCAAGAAAAUUGUCACUGCCAAGAAAUUGGACAUGGACUUGUUUACAAGAACUGUGAAAGCUUAUACUGGUAAUGGCAGCGUUGUGCCGGAUUCUAUGCUGCAACAUGUCCUCAAGUCUUUGAGAAGCGUUGAUAGGUUUGGACAGAGCAAUGAGGUGUUGAAAGCGAUGAACGAAGGCGGCUAUGUUCCUAGCGGUGAUUUGCAGAGUGUGAUUGCAUCAGGACUUAGUCGUAAGGGCAAGAAAGAUGAAGCAAACGAACUUGUGAACUUUAUGGAAGCCUCAGGAAAUCAUUUAGAUGACAAAGCAAUGGCAUCUUUAGUUGAAGGGCAUUGUGAUGCUAAAGAUCUCGAAGAAGCUUCAGUGUGUUUCAAGAAGAUGAUUGGCAAAGAGGGAGUCUCUUAUGCAGGUUAUGCAUUUGAGAAGUUGGUACUUGCUUACUGCAACAGUUUUCAGGCAAGAGAUGUAUACAAGCUUUUCACCGAGCUAGUGAAACAAAAUCAGUUGAAACCUUGGCACAGUACAUACAAAAUCAUGGUGAGGAAUCUAUUGAUGAAGAAGGUAGCUAGAGAUGGUGGGUUUGAAGAAGCUUUGAGUCUUCUACCUAUGAUGAAAAAUCACGGGUUCCCUCCUUUCGUGGACCCGUUCAUGGAUUACUUAUCGAAUAGUGGAACAAGCGCAGAGGCUUUUGCUUUUCUAAAGGCCGUGACUUCAAAGAAGUUUCCAUCUAAUUCAAUGGUUCUGCGUGUAUUUGAAGCUAUGUUGAAGUCUGCAAGGCAUAGUGAAGCUCAGGAUUUGCUGUCUAUGUCCCCAAGUUAUAUCCGUCGCAAUGCAGAAGUUCUAGAACUUUUCAAUUCCAUGAAACCUGUUAAAUCUCUAGAGUAUGCAUCAAGUGGAAAGUUAUCCGACAAAUCCGAUGUUUUCUCAUUUGUAGUAAUGCUUCUUGAGCUCAUAACCGGACAACCUCCAGUGGAUCUAAGGGCUCAAGAUGGUGAUUACAACCAAUUGGCAGAUCCGCGUCUAGAGCUAAACUACAAUCAUCAAGAGAUGGUUCAAAUGGCUUCUUGUGCAGCUGCAGCAAUCAGACACUUAACAAGAAGACGGCCUAAGAUGAGCCAGAUUGUACGAGCACUAGAAGGAGAUAUGUCAAUGGAUGAUCUAAGUGAAGGAACAAGACCAGGACAAAGCAAGUAUUUGAGGCCCGGAAGCGUGAGCUCAGAGUAUAACGCAAGCUCGUACACCGCAGACAUGAAAAAAUUCAAGAAAUUGGCGUUAGAGAAUAAAGAAUAUCAAAGCAGUGAAUAUGGUGGAACAAGUGAGUAUGGUUUAAAUCCUUCUGCUUCAAGUAGUGAAGAAAUGAAUAGAGGUUCAAUGAAACGCAAUCCUCAGCUUUGAAAGAACACACAACAUUUCUCAUAAUAUUUUCACUUUUCUUCUCUGUUUUUAGGAGUGAAAUUAUUUUGACCAAAAGAGAUUAGAGUGUGGUUUUGUUGAAAUUGUUUAGUACAAAGCGUUAAUCCAUACCAAGUUAUGGUGGUGGAAUUUAUAAUGGAUAUGCAUUAUCAAGAUUGUUUUAUUAUUGGUGUUGUAUAUAAUGAUUCUAAAUACGAGAUUAGGUGAAUCUUUAGUUACCGUUGUGAUAAAUUUCCUUUUUGUUU